UAUAUAGUCUGUGCUAAUAUGUAAUCUGUGGAGUGUGGUGUAAACUGAACUCUGAAAAGUGAAAACAGAAAGCGGACGAUAUAUGUAAAUUGUAAGCCGGUUGGAAGAAGUGUAGAUACUAGAUAGUUUGAUAUUUAAAAAGCAACUGUGAAGUAUGGCUGAUAAGAAAGAUGGUGUUGAGCCCGAAGAAGAGUUUUCUGUAGAAAAAGUGUUGGACAGACGUAUAAGGAAUGGCAAGGUUGAAUACUAUUUAAAAUGGAAGGGUUACAGUGAUGCUGAUAACACGUGGGAGCCUGAAGAAAAUUUGGACUGCCCAGAUUUAAUUCAGACCUUUGAAGAAGCAAGAAAGAAAAAGGAAGCAGAAGGAAAAGGUGCAAUGAAAAUAGACAAAGAUACAAAGAAGAGGAAAUCUGCUGCUACACCUGAUUUAAAAGGAGCUAAAAAGAGUAAGAGUGAUGACAAAAAAGCAUCGGGUUUUGAUCGAGGUCUAGAACCAGAAAAGAUUAUUGGAGCUACUGACAGUAGUGGGGAGUUGAUGUUUCUCAUGAAGUGGCAAGGCACUGAUGAAGCAGAUCUUGUACCAGCUAAGCAAGCUAAUGUUCGAUGCCCACAAGUUGUGAUUCAGUUCUAUGAAGAAAGGCUAACAUGGCACACUCCAGCACCAGAUGAGGGCAAUAAUGAUGAAUAGAUUUCGACAUAGAAGAGGUCAUGUUUAAAUUUGAAAAAAGAAUUUAUUUUAAGUUGAACUUUUGAACCUAGGUUUAAGUUCUGUGACAAAAAUAUUUUUAUAUAAAUGAUUUUUGUAUUGUUUACUUGACGACUUGUUUAAUAUCAAGUGGUGUUCUGCAUUAAUUUAGAGUAUUUUACUAGUGUAGAAAACAAGGUAGGCAUAAUUUGUUAUCACAAAAUUAUUCACCACUAUCUUGUGAUAAUAAAAGUUGCCUAUCGCAUUUACACAUUCACUCUUUGGGUUAGAUAUGAAUAAUUAAUAAAUAAGUUAAAAUUAACAGAACUGCCUGUUAUUUUUCGUAAUUCGAUAUUCAUGUUAGAUUUAGACAGGUAUAUAGUAAAGGUGACAUUGUCGAAGUUUUAAAUAUUUUACCUUAUCUGGCAUGCAAUAUCAAAUUAAUGUUAAUUGCUGGCUAAGCAUAUAUUGUUUAAGAAAUAGUUUUAAGCAUAACUGUCAUAUUUCAGAAUGUUUCUUAACUAGUAAUGGAGUUUAGAACUCUGUAAAAGAACUAGCUUCAUGGGCUAAUCAUAUUAUUAAUAAUUUCUUUAAAUGUUUGACCAUAUCUUGAUUGAAAAAUUUGAAAUGAGUUUUAAUGUUCUAACUUUGCCAAUAUUUUAUUACUUAAUUGAGUGGCUUAUGUCAAUUAAAAAAAAAAUAGCUUCGCCUUCUGUCAUAAAUUUUACGAUUAGACCAUGACUUAGACAAUUUGAUUAAAGUUGAUUUACGUUUUGGAACAUAGAUCAUAGUUAAGGUAGACUUUAAAAUAAAAGAUGCAAAACAUAUUGUAUUGA